CUCUGUGCUGCUGCUGCUGCAUGCUGAUGUCCCGCAGCUACCAAGCCAGACUACUGUUUCAUUAGCAUUUUAUUCUCAGCUUGAAGGAGCAACAUGACACUCCUUGUGCGCUGGCUGGUGGUGGUUCUUAUGUUAUUGUGUCUGUCAGGAGCUGCUGAAUCUAAAAGAAAUGUUAAAUGUCCUUCAGGAUGCACCUGCUCCAAGGAGACUCUCAUCUGUGUUGGAGCUACCCAGAUCCCUCGGACCAUCCCGGCUGAGAUCAAUUCACUAAGCGUAGUUAAUGGAUCCAUUGCAGAAAUCACAGAGGGGAUGUUUUCUCUUAUGCCUUCUCUUCAGCUGCUACUUCUCAAUGCUAAUUCUUUGACCACAGUCAAAGAUGAUGCCUUCUCUGGCCUGUCUCAUCUCGAGUAUUUAUUCAUUGAAAGAAACAAGAUUGAAACCAUCACCAAAAAUGCCUUCAGAGGCCUACGAGCCCUCACUCAUCUAUCCCUGGCAAAUAACAAGAUACGGUUUCUGCCAAGAGAUCUCUUCUUCGACUUGGAUUCAUUGCUAGAGCUAGAUCUUCGAGGCAACUCCUUCCAGUGCACUUGUGAGAACAAAUGGCUGAUGAUGUGGCUGAAAAACACAAACGCCACCGUAUCAGAUGUCUUUUGCGCAGGCCCCAAUGACAUGAAGGGCAAGCGGCUCAAUGACCUUCCUAUUCCACCGGGUGAAUGUAUUUCUACAGACUUCGUGCGUCAUCAGUCUAUUCCCAUUCAGUCCAUGUCAGCAGACAUCUUUUCCUUUAAAGAGGACAUCUUUGUAGCCUUGGCUGCCCCAGACUCCAGCAGCUGUGUGAUCAUGGAGUGGGAUCACAUUGAGAUGAACUUCAGAAAAUUCGACAACAUUACAGGAAAAUCGGUUGUGGGAUGCAAGUCUUUUCUAUUUGAGAACCACAUGUUGAUAAUAGUCACUCAGCUCUUUGGAGGCUCCCAUAUUUACAAGUUUGAUGAGCAGCAGAACAAGUUCGCCAAGUUCCAAAUUAUCGAGAUCUUCAACAUCUCAAAGCCGAAUGACAUGGAGGUCUUUAAGAUAGAUGGGCACUGGUAUUUUCUGAUUGUGGACAGUUCAAAGGCAGGCAUAUCUACUCUCUACAAGUGGACUGACCGACCAGAUCGCAACGAGACCGGUUUCUAUUCUCACCAGUUCCUCCACGAAUGGUUUCGUGACACAGAUGCUGAGAUUGUUGAGGUGGAUGGGAAGUUCUACCUUGUUUUAGCAAGCCGCUCGCAGUCACCUGUCAUAUAUCUGUGGAACAAAAGCACCCAGAAGUUCAUCUUUUACAGUGACAUCCCAAAUGUUGAUGAUGUGGUGGCAGUCAAAGCAUUUCGACUGGAGGGGGAACUGCACUUGGCUCUGGCUUGUUACAUCGGUGAUUCAAAAGUUGUCAGGUGGGUCAAUAAGCAGUUUACUGAGGUGCAGGCUCUUCCCUCCCGGGGAGCUAUGAUCCUCCAGCCUUUUAGCUUCGCAGACAGACACUAUCUAGCUCUGGGCAGUGAUUACUCUUUCACGCAGAUCUAUCUGUGGGACACAGAGACCAAAACGUUCCACAAGUUCAAGGAUAUUUACGUGCAGUCACCCCGCUCCUUUACUGUGGUGUCUACUGAUCGCAGGAGUUUCAUUUUCUCCUCCAGCCUGAAGGGAAAAUCAAUGGUCUUUGAACACGUGUUUGUCGAUCUGAGUUUGUAAAAAUAACACCAAAGAAGCCUCUUAAAUCAAAAUUGUGUGAACCCUCACAGAGGAGUCUUCCAUGCUGUAUAACAUUACUUAUGGAAUCAGAUCUACUGGAAAAGUCUGGUAGUAAUAAAAUAUGUCAGAAGGGUUUCUGCAAAUCCAGCUUAACUGAAGUGCCGCCAGAAUAAUGGACUUCCAGAACUUAAGGACGCAAAAGCAACAUUUGAAAUGAAGAUGCAUGAAGAUACUGUCUUGGCAAAGCAGAGCCUUGCUAUGUGACGGUUUUUAUAAUAAUCCUAGCAAACAAACUAAAGCUGGUCCAGAACCUUUCCAGUCUCAUAGAAGACUUUAGGAACAAUAACUUGACCAAUUUACAUCUGAAAUGAAAUAAUUUAUUCAGGAAAGCCCAUGAUUCUUUUUAAAUCUGUUAUCUAGACACAAAGUUUGUAGUUUCAAAGAAGUAGACAACAAACAUUUCUGAUGAUCACUUUAGUUGCUUACUUUAUGAUACUCUGGCAAUAAUUUUGAACUAUGUGAGGGACAAAGAGCCAGACCUCCCUUAAAGUGGAGCACUUGGUUAAAUUGAUCUUUACGUUGUGGUAGGUUUUGAUUUUAUACAUUCUAUUGAACUGAAGCUAUUUAUUUUUUCUAAAGUAGAUGGAGUAUACCACAAACAAAAUUAAGGAAUUUCAAAAACAAGUUUAAAGUAGAAAGGUUAGAAUUAAUUUGUAUUACAUUUUUUCUCAGGUUUAAUUUUAAAGUAAUAUUUUAAUUUAAUGAAAAAAUGAUUCUUCUAGGUGAAAAUUAAUUUUGGAAUCCGGUAUAGAAUUUCUGGAGGACUUUGAGUUUAUCGCUAAAUAUAAAUAAUCAAAAUACCCCUGAAAUCAUUUAAAUGAAUUGCUAACCAGGUCAUUGUUAGUUAGGGUGUUAUUUUCACUGGAUAUGUCCAGAUUAGCUAAUUUUUGGAAAAAUCACUUUAAUUCAGAAGGGCUUAGCCCUACCUAAUCCUUUCCUAAACCAUUUUUGUCUUUGGGAGCAUUGUCCAAGUUUGCAGAGUAAAAAUUCUGAUUUGAGGAUUUUAUUAUUCCAUCCAUAUUCUCCAAUGCUCCCGUUCCUCUGUCAAUAAAACAGACCUUUAGAAUGAUGCUUCCACCACUGUUUCUGAUAGUUGCCUCAAAAUAUUAUCCACACUCUUUUAAACAGUACUCUCAUCCCUGUGACCAAGCAUGAACAUCUGUGGAACAUCCGAUUAUUACACUUUUCUUCAAUCGGCAUUUUACUGGUCCAUGUGGCUCCUUUCAUUCCUAAGGGUAGAAACCAAUUAACUUUGUUUAAGUUGUGACAGUUUGGUUUAGAAAGUUUAAACUUUGACACAACAAUGCUUCAAUUUACAAUAGCUAUAAAAAUCUGCAAAGAGUAGCAGGGAAAUAUGCAGCCAGGAUGACUCCAGCAUCUUUGCAGUGGCUUUUAAAUUAUGCAUUUUCUCUGAAACUUGCUACCAGAUAUUUAGCUAAAUAAUCAGGGAUGGAUUUAUUAUCCUAAACCUAGAUUGAUAAAAAAAAAAAAUCUGAUAUCUGAUAUGAAACAUAAUUACUGAUGUAUAUCCACAACUAUGAAUGAGAUGUGGAUAGAGUUCAAAAACUGUGCAUGUUCAUGCAGCAAAGUCUGUUCAGCUUUUCUACCUGCCGUCCUGACUGGGAUUAUUUCUUCAAAAUUAAAAAACUGAAUGCACUACAUUACUAGUGUAAGCUUGAGUGUCAUACCCAUAACAAGCUUUUGCAACUAAGAGUGUGAAUGACAACAGGAAUUAUAUCUUAUCUAUGCAAAGUAUGUAAAUAAAAAUGAAAAUUUGUGUGCUGCUAUAAAUGAAAAAUUUUUAAGGAGGAACUUGUAAUUUUUCCUCUGAAUAAAUAUAGUAAAAAUAUAGUUUUCACCAGUUGUGCUGGUCUGACCACACAAAUCAUGCCUUGGUGUAAGACAGACUGAUGAAAGCUAUGCUAUGUUAACCCUUGUAAGCAAUAUGUUUUUGUAGCAUAAUGAUCGUUUGUGUAGGUAAUAAAAAACUGUAUUUCUUUCUCACAGCUCCUUUGUAUGAUCCUGUGGUUUUGUUUUUUUAUGUUUUAAUUUCUAAUAAACUGAAAGCAAUUAUAAGGAACAGCACGUUUAGCUCACCUACUACUAGGUUAACCUAAAAACGAAUUGUGGAAAUGCAUUAAAGACUCAAAC